UCGAGAAGAAGUCUUUUGCUAAGGUAUUUUUUAGUUCAGAUAGAUUUUUAAGUAUUGUUAAAAAUGUUAACGAUUUUAGUUUUAAUAUUUUUGGUUACAUUCUCACACGGUGAAAAAGGGUGUCAGAUUUCAAUAGAUCAACAAAAUGGAGAUUUGAAUGAACCGCAACCGCUGAUUUUAAGCGAAUCCUAUAAAAUUUUGUUUCCAGACAAAAAUAGUAUUCUGCAAUUUAAAAGUGGACAAACAAUUUUGCUAGCCUGUUCGGAUAAAAAUAAUGCUUUCAGUGGACCCUUUAAGCCACAAAAGAUUAUUAAAGCUACUUGUAUUGAAAACAAAAAGUUUAAAGUACAAGGAAAAUCCUAUUCGUUUCAAUCAUUUACUUGCAAGAAGAGUCAAAAAAGUUCUGUCAAAAGAGAAGGACCUUGUCUUGAUAAAUACUCAAAAAUUGCAGUCGGAUUUCGUGUACUUGACAAAUUUAUUUCCAAUUUUGAAAUUUGCCGAGAUGACAACACUGACGAAACAUAUUAUGUAAAAGAGGAAAUGACAGCCAGUGUUGGUGGUCAUCAAUCGCAUAAUCCAAGACCCACUUGGACAGAUCAUCAUCUUUUCAAGGGAGACAUAGAUGUUUACUACAAGCAAAAACAUCAGAAAACAGUUUUAUCACAAAUACUCCAAUCGGAUGAGCUGGCUGGACAAUAUUUAAAGAAAGCUCAAUUACAAAGAGGUCAUUUAGCGGCAAGAUCCGAUUUUGUUUACGGAACACAACAAAAUGCAACAUUCACUUAUGUCAAUGCAGCACCGCAAUGGUCUUCAUUCAACACUGGCAAUUGGAAGUACAUUGAAAAUGCAGUUCGCAAUUUUGUAGAAGCCAAUGAUUUGGAGGUGACAAUUUAUACCGGUGUUCAUGGACAAAUGACACUUAGAGAUGACAAUAAUAAUGAACAAGAAAUAUUCCUAGAUGUUGACGAGAACAAUAAUAAUUACAUAAGAGUUCCGAAAUUUUUCUGGAAAAUUGUCUACGAUCCAGUUAAUUAUUUAGCACUUACUUUAAUUGGCGUUAAUGAUCCGUUCAUUGAAAAAAUCACUAAAGAUACGAUUCUCUGCAAAAAUAUCGCAGACAGUCCAAAUUACGAUUGGUUGACAGCAACGUGGAAAAAGAUGACACAAAUUUCCCAAGGAUAUUCGUAUAUAUGCGAUUAUAAUGAAUUAAAGAAAGUUGUGCAUACCGUACCGAAACUAAAAGUCAAGGGUAGUUUAAAAAGUACAAAUUCAGUACAAAUUUUACUGGAAGACAGCGAUGUAAAAGAAGACUAGUAUAUAUCACUCCGAAAAAUUCAGUAAUUUAUGAAAGUAUUUUUAUUAAAAAAUAUUUCGUUCAUUUAAACACUAAAAAUUUAUCGAUCAUAAUAUAUAAAUAAGAUUUGUAUGAAAAUAUGCAU